UUACUGGGUUUGCAUUAAUAAAUAUUAUAUAAUGUUGGUAAGCCCAAAGUCGUUAUUAAUUCUCGUGAUUUAUGCUACGGUCAACGAGGCCGAAAAAACUGAAAUGAAAAUAGACGACGAGAGCUGCGAGACUCUGCAGUCAGAGGUGCGCAUUACUAAAGACGAAUACGAUGAGAUAGGACGUUUGAGAAGAACGUGUAGCGGUGAUGUAUCAGUUACCAAAUGCGAAGGAUUCUGUAACUCGCAGGUACAGCCAAGCGUUAUCACCACUACGGGCUUUUCAAAAGAAUGCUACUGUUGCCGGGAGAGUUAUUUAAAGGAAAGAUUUGUCAUCCUGAAUCAAUGUUAUGACGCGGAUGGGAUCAAAUUGAUAGGCAUAGACGCUGAGAUUAUGGAAAUCAAGAUACGAGAACCGGCCGAAUGUAAAUGCAUCAAGUGCGGCGACCUCGCGAGAUAAAAAUCACGAUUGAAAACUAUACAUUCUGUGAAGACUUAAAUUAUAAUUUUAUGUGGCGCAAUUAUAUUGCUAGAUAGAAAAUACAAAUAAAAAUAUUGUAA